AUGGUCAACUUCAAGUACACUGCAGCCGUUGCUGCCUUGGCCUCCGGAGCCUCUGCCUCUCUCAAGAUCCACAACUACUGCGACGUCGAGGUUUCUGUUGUCUCCUCCCACAACGGCGGUUGCGAUUCUGGUUCAGACGGUGCCUGUGUCACCGCCGGCAGCACCCCAUGGACCAUCCAGAAGGGUGGAAUCGCCACCCUCGACUGGAUCGCGAAUGGCGAUGGAACCUCCCUCAAGCUUUCGAAGAAGGGCGUCACUGGCGUCCUCCAGUUCGAGUAUGCCAUGGCCACCGGAACAUACGGCGGACUCUACUUUGACCUGAGCGACCUCGAUGGCAAGGGCAACGGUCUCGUCGGCACACCCUUCUUCAACGACAACGUCAAGGUCAGCCCAACUGGCAAAGGCGUGGGCACCGGCACCUGUGUUCAGAUCCGCUGCUAUGCUGGGCAGACUUGCAUCGACAGCUACCAGCACCCAGACGAUGCCAACACCAAGUGGUGCCCUGCCGAGACUGGCGACAUGUGGCUCGACCUCUGCCAGCCUACAACCAUCUUCGCCACCCGCGAUGAGGAGGCUGCUCCCUCUCCCGCCGAGCGAGCUGAGGGGGUCCCCGAGAACCACGAGCGAGCCCACGCCCGCCAUCUCCUCACCCACAACCACGGAGUCCACCACUCCUAG